UUGCUCCGCGAAACCGUAGCUCUCGUUUGAGCACCACAGCGUGGCACGCCGAGCAUUCCACCCCGAGAUACAGCCGAGGAAGCCCCCACCGCUCCCGCUACUAGCCACCUUAGUCGUUUCCUUGGGAUUUUUGCUAAGCAUGACCCGGCGCAAGGUGGACGAGGAGCAGGUUCGGAAGGCCUGUGCAGCGAUAGAUGAUGGAAUGUCGGUUAGGAAGGCUGCUGGGGUCUUUGGGGUAGGUCGUACGUCCAUCGAAGACCGCCGCCGUGGCAAGGUGGCCAUGAACGCGAAGGUUGGUGCCGAGACCAUCCUGAGCAAAGAAGAGGAGGAUUCGCUGGAAGAUAUUCUGCUGUUUGCUGCUCGCAACUUCUUGGCUGUGGGUCGGGUUCACCUCAGAGAUGCGGUGCGACGACUCUGCAACGACGGUCGGCGGAUCCCUUGGGAUCCAGAGAAGGGUCCGGGGAAAGAUUGGCUUGCGGGCUUCCGUCGUAGGCACCCACGGGUCGCGGAGCGCUCGACCCGCAUCUACGAGGCAAACAGGAUCACCGAAGACGAGGAGCCUCGCAUGGUGCAGUUCUACGAGAGAUGGGCAGCUCUCCUCGACGAGUUCAAACCGGAGGCCAACCACGUGCACAACACGGACGAGACAGGUGAAGAUCCGUUCGUAGACGAGUCUAGGUCUAGACUCGUCUAG